UAGGUUCUGAAUCAUUGUAGGGGUGUGAAAGAAACCGGGCGAGACUCUGAACUGAGCUGAGGUGUGAGGUUGGACGGAGGGAGGGGAAGACAAGGAUUUCAGACUCUCUACGAAUGGGUCGCCUUGCUUCUCAAUCUGCUCCAGGGGUCCCAGGCACUGGCCCAAGUUCCAAGCUGCGGAUGUCGCUCGCGGAAGUAUGGUCGCCCCUGAAGGUGUGCUUGGGCUGGUGCUGCCUUUAAUCCUGUGGGUGGACAGAAGUGCAGGUGUUGGUUUUCGCUUUGCUUCCUACAUUGAUAAUUAUAUGGUGCUGCAGAAGGAGCCUGCUGGAGCAGUGGUCUGGGGCUUUGGCAUACCUGGAGCCACAGUGACAGUGACCUUGUGGCAAGGGCAGGAAGCCAUCAUGAAGAAAGUGACCAGUGUGAAAGCACCCUCUGACACCUGGAUAGUGGUGCUGGAUCCUAUGAAGCCUGGAGGACCUUUUGAAGUGAUGGCGCAGCAGACUUGGGGGCUGAUGAACUUGACCUUGAAAGUGCAUGAUGUCUUAUUUGGAGAUGUCUGGCUCUGCAGCGGGCAGAGUAACAUGCAGAUGACUGUUCUGCAGAUAUUUAAUGCCACAAGGGAGCUGUCCAACACUGCUGCCUACCAGUCUGUCCGCAUCCUCUCUGUCUCUCUCGCUGAGGCAAAGGAGGAGCUGAUGGAUCUCGACAUGGUUGACUUGCAGUGGUCGAAGCCCACCAAAGAAAACUUAGGCAAUGGAUACUUCACGUACAUGUCCGCAGUAUGCUGGCUCUUUGGGUGUUACCUGCAUGACACUCUACAAUAUCCCAUUGGGCUGAUCUCCUCCAGCUGGGGUGGGACACCCAUUGAAGCCUGGUCAUCAGAAAGGUCCCUGAAAGCCUGCGGAGUCCUUACAGAAGGGCCUGUUCCAUAUGAUUCUGUAAGUGGUCCCAGUGAGAACUCUGUUCUCUGGAAUGCUAUGAUCCACCCACUACAGAAUAUGACUCUGAAAGGGGUGGUAUGGUACCAGGGGGAAGCCAAUACACAGUAUAACAAGGACCUGUACAACUGCACGUUCCCCGCACUCAUUGACGACUGGCGCCAGACUUUCCACCGUGGCUCCCAGGGGCAGACGGAGCGUUUCUUUCCAUUUGGAUUUGUCCAGUUAUCUUCGUAUUUGGAAAAUGCAGAUGAUGGAUUUCCUCAGAUCCGCUGGCAUCAAACAGCAGAUUUUGGCUUCGUGCCCAACGUAAAGAUGCCCAAUACUUUCAUGGCUGUAGCUAUGGAUCUCUGUGACAGGGACUCGCCGUUUGGCAGCAUCCAUCCCAGGGACAAACAGACUGUGGCUUAUCGACUGCACCUGGGGGCCCGCGCUGUGGCUUAUGGUGAGAAGAAUUUGACCUUUCAAGGACCACUGCCUGAGAAGAUAGAACUCUUGGCUGACAAGGGGCUGCUCAAGCUCACAUAUUACCAGGGAAUCCAGGUGCAGAGGCAGGAUAAGAAGAUAUUUGAGAUCUCAUGUUGCAGUGACCGUCAGUGCGAGUGGCUUCCAGCUCCCAUGGGCAAUUUCUCCUCGCAGAUCCUGAGCUUGGCUGUCAACUCUUGUCUCGGCACUGUGGCUGCUCUUCGCUACGCCUGGACCACAUGGCCUUGUGAAUAUAAGCAGUGUCCCCUCUACCACCCCUGCAGUGCCCUGCCAGCUCCUCCCUUUGUUGCUUUUAUUACAGACCAGGCUCCUGGACAUUAAGGCUGCCCAGUGACAGCUGCUGUGUGGUCAGAUCUUAGAUGGAGGGAAAGGCAGAUUUUGGCAUUUAGGAGUUUAAAUGAUGACAACUGAACUGCUCCAAACUAGAAUAUGGCCUUUUUUCUGGAAUAAACCGGGGCUGGCAGGCAACUGGCAAUACUUGCCUUGGUCCCCUAAUUAGUCUAAGCCUGAAAACUGGACUAAUUCUGAACUGUAACCAAAUUGGACAACAUCAUAUACUGCCCUCAUGUUAAUGGGAAUGAGUGUCUAACAUUUUUGCCCCUUUGCCUCUAGAACUGUGGAAUCUCAUGGUUAGAAGAGGUUUUAAAGGCCACAGAAGCUGACUAAGUGUUUCUUGUGUCCUUUGCAAAUUUUUUGAUGAGUGAUUAUUGAAUCUAACAAACUUCUAAAGUUUCCAAAGGUUUUUCUUCAUGAAGAACUUAAAUUUUUCAUGUAAUUUUUGUCUUUCAGAUAAUUGAAAUAAACCUAUUUGUAUUUUCUUUAA